UUCUUGGUCUGUAGCUUGGCGGGAUUUGACCGUGAUGAAAUUAUUUACAAAAUUUACAAUGUCUUUCGAGGUCCGAGGAUCAAAAUGAAGUCCCUCUCAGUGUAGGUUGUAUCGUAGUUCGAGGCUAAGUAGUAGCAUUUGUUGCAGUCUAGCCCUCCACACUGCUGAAUUUCUGAAAAUUUGCGGCUUCGUAGGCCUUCCCUUCGUCCUUGCCCCAAAGCUACUUUCACUCUUCUCUUCGCGUAGGUUGCUAUGGAAACUCAUUGUUUACCACCGUUCCCAGGGCCGCCGCCAUUUUGAACAUUUUGCGUAGACUUGCUCUUGUGGAGAAACUAAUAUUUUAUGCCCUCUUGAGACCAAUUGAGUCAUUCCUUUAGCUUCAAAAUGUUUCACACCUGGUUUGGAGAGCUCUUAUAUAAGUAUGAUUUCUGUAUUUCGGGUGUUAAGAUAAAUUCCGACGAAAAUAAAAGAUGAAUUACAACAGUCCCUCCCCUAGACGGGUAUUUUUGCCGCAUUCCCAUGAUCCAGUUCAAUCUCGAAAUAAAUAAACAUGGCCGCUUGAGAAAUUGUUGAGUGACAAAAAAGAACAACUUUAAUUACGUUUGAUGGGAAAUAUAAACGAUACUGAAGCGAACAUUGAACGGAAACCAAAAGAAGCGCAACUUUUAUUUGCAGCAGAAAAUGGUCAUGUUGACAAACUAAGCGCCCUUCUCGCCGAGAAAGACGUAAAAGUUGACUGUCCGAACAGUUCAGCUGUUACAGCUUUGUUCUUAGCGGCAAAAGAAGGACACGAGGAAUGCUUGAGACUGUUACUUGAAGCAGGGGCAAGGGUGGAUGGUAUCGGACUUGGUAACACAGCUCUAUCACCGCUCUGGGUCGCGACUUAUGCUGGGCAUAAGAACUGUGUAGAGAGACUCGUCAAGGCAGGUGCCAACCUUGAUACAAAGUUCCCGGAGACUCCAUUGUUCAUUGCGGCGCGUGAAGGGAGAGCGGACUGCCUCAAGAUUCUUAUAGAAGCUGGUAGUAAUGUAAAUGUUAAAAACAAUCGUGGACAAAAUCCAAUGCAUAUUGCUUGUUCAGAAGUUCAUGAGAGCUGUGUAGAACUCCUGGUAAGUUGAAUGACUUUAAAAUAUUAAAGACACUUACAUGUAUGAAGUCAUAUAUCGGUGGGUGGCAAGGCGGGGUGACGGGGGUCCCUCAAGUUGAUUAGCCCCUAACCAUUCAGCCCCUAACCAGAAGUUGAGUGGGGUGGAAGUGGGUGGGGGAGGGCGGGGGGUGUAGUGCUUACUCUUACUAGUCCCCAGAGAAUCAUGACCUCCAGCUACAAUCUUGGACAAAAUAAAUGGAACAUCUGGGUCAUCCCUUCCCCCAUUU